AUGGCGAGGUUUUGGUGUUUCUUGGCGGUUCUACUGAUGUUAACAGCCUUCUCUUCCGCCCAAUUCAUGUACCCCUACGCCGGGAUAUCUCCCUCCGCCUAUCCUACCGUCUACGGCCCCACCUACAACUACCCGAGGUACGGCUACUCCUACGGCGCCCCAGUUUCCUCAAUCUAUUAUCGUCGAUAAACAUCUCAUGAAACUCGUAUCUAUUCACAAAAUAUAUAUUUCGAAGAAGCACCGAAAAAGUGGAACACGUACAGUAUGGGAAGUUGAAGUUGAUAUCCAUUAAAACAGGCUCAGAAAAUCGAUAAUAAUUAUAAUAAAGUGUGACAGAAAUAUUUCCAACGGUGAGCGACGAGAUAGGGGAAUAAAACGGUUACCGGUCGGGUUAUAAGGCGAAAAAUGAGAGAGGGAACGAAAAAAUAUCCGUGCAAUACUAUAUAUAUAUAUAUAAUUCAAACGAGCAAGGGACUAAAACGGAAACAAUAAAAAUACCUCGUCCAAUUUGUUCUAAUUUUCAAUUAAGGAUAUUAUUUACAAAAACGCUAAAUUUACAAAGUUUGUUGGACAAAAGGAGGAAUAG